GAACACACAGGCUGUGCCUCACACUGGAUUACAGAACGCUCAGGCAACCUCAGGCUGUGCUAUAGUGUGUGCACGGGAAUAAAUAACAAACAAGUUGCUGGAAUGUCCAGUGCUUCUGCUGAUGGAUCUGAUGUGAGAUUUUGUGUUUUGGGGAACUGCCCGGCUAGCUAAGGAGUUACCUUUUGUUGUUCCCAUCUUUCAUGGUGCUUUUUAUAUUCUGGUAUCGGACCACGAGAGGAAAGUGUUUAUAUUUGAACCUAUUGUGGGAAUUUGUGGGCUUUUCAGAGAAAAGCAGAAGAUGUGGUUUAUUUGCCAAACCUUAUUAUGGAUUGUGCCUCUCAUAGUAUCUCCAAUUCUAGGAUCAAGACCUCGACUAGAAGACUUUCCUCCUCGGAUAGUAGAACACCCGUCUGAUCACAUUGUUUCAAAGGGUGAACCGGCUACUUUAAACUGUAAAGCUGAAGGUCGUCCAACUCCUAUUAUAGAAUGGUACAAAGAUGGAGAGAGAGUAGAGACAGAUAAAGAUGAUCCACGGUCCCAUCGUAUGUUGCUACCUAGUGGGUCCCUCUUCUUUCUUCGAAUUGUUCAUGGACGACGGAGUAGACCUGAUGAAGGAGUAUAUAUUUGUGUUGCCAGAAACUACCUUGGAGAGUCUGUCAGCAGAAACGCCUCAUUGGAAGUAGCAAUAUUACGAGAUGAUUUUCGUCAGGCUCCCAAUGACGUGGUUGUGGCAGCAGGAGAACCAGCAGUUAUGGAGUGUAUACCUCCCAGGGGUCACCCUGAACCUACAAUUUCUUGGAAAAAAGAAAAUGUCCGCAUCAGUGAUAAAGACGAACGCAUUACGAUUCGAGGAGGAAAGUUAAUGAUGUCCAAUACCAGGAAGAGCGAUGCCGGAAUGUAUAUUUGUGUGGCUACGAAUAUGGUGGGAGAACGUGACAGUGAACCUGCUCAGCUUGUGGUCUUUGAGCGUCCAACUUUUAUAAAACGGCCCAUAAAUCAGGUUGUCCUAGCAGAUGAUGUGGUAGACUUCCAAUGUGAGGUACAGGGUGACCCUGUACCUACAGCUCGUUGGCGUAAAGAAGAAGGAGACCUACCACGAGGAAGGUAUGAAAUUCGGAGUGACAACACUUUGCGGAUCUCUCGAGUGACAGCAGAGGAUGAAGGAACAUACACUUGUAUAACUGAAAAUAGUGUUGGCAAAUCCGAGGCUUCCGGAACCCUAUCAGUUCAUGUUCCUCCUCAACUGGUGACCCGUCCUCGAGACCAAAUAGUAGUACAGGGACGUUCUGUGACAUUUCAGUGUGAAACUAAAGGAAACCCACCGCCAGCUGUAUUUUGGCAGAAAGAAGGAAGCCAGGUGCUACUCUUUCCAAGCCAGCCACCUCAGACUGUGGGAAGAUUUUCUGUGUCUCCAAGUGGGGAACUGACCAUAAUGGAUGUGCAGACAGUGGAUUCUGGGUAUUACAUGUGUCAAGCCAUUAGUGUGGCAGGAAGCAUACUAGCUAAAGCCCUCUUGGAGGUAGAAGAUGCAACUUCAGAUCGAGUCCCUCCUAUUAUUCGUCGAGGUCCAGUCAAUCAAACACUCUCUGUAGAUUCUGUGGUGCAUAUGCACUGCCAUGUUUCUGGGAACCCAUUGCCGAGUAUUCAUUGGCUUAAAGAUGGACAAAGGAUUAUUGGAAGUGACCCCAGAGUUGGUGUUCUAGACAAUGGAACCCUUCAAAUCACCCACUUACAGGUGUCAGAUUCUGGCAUAUAUGCUUGUGUAGCUACAAGCUCAACUGGAGAGACCACAUGGAGCGGAUACCUUGAAGUUCAAGAAAAUGGCGCACCAAUACAUGUGCAACUUUCUGAGCAAAAUCUUGUCCCUGGGUCACCAUCGAAACCUGUCGUUAUUGAUGUCACCAAGAACAGUGUCACAUUGACAUGGCAGCCCAAUUCUCAUGCAGGGAACACUCUAAUCACUUCCUAUAUCAUUGAAGCAUUUAGCCAGUCGUCAGGUAGCACCUGGCAAACCGUUGCAGACAAUGUUAAAGUGGAAAAACAUACAGUAGUUGGAUUAAAUCCGAACACUAUUUACCUUUUCAUCAUCCGCGCAAUGAACACUUAUGGUCUCAGUGACCCAAGUCCAAUUUCAGAACCUGUUCGUACACAAGAUGUAAGCCCCACAAGGCAAGGUGUUGAUCAUCGACAAGUGCAACGGGAGCUAGGGGAGGUUGUAGUCCAACUUCAAAAACCGGUCAUACUUACAUCAUCAACUGUCCAGGUUACAUGGACUGUGGAUCGUCAGGCUCAGUUUAUCCAAGGGUAUAGGGUUAUGUAUCGUCCAAAAUCCAGCGUUUGGGUUGUACAGGAUGUAAAAUCCCCAUCAGAACGCACUGCCAUCCUUGUGGACAUUAAAAAAGGCACAGAAUAUGAAAUCAAGAUACGUCCUUAUUUUGAUGAGUUUCAAGGCAUGGACAGUGAAGUGCUUUUGAUACGGACACCUGAAGAAGUUCCAAGUGCACCACCACAGUCUGUAGCCGUGGUAACUGUAGGAACAAACAACAGCACAAAUAUUAGCAUUUCUUGGGAACCACCUCCAGUCGAGCAUCAAAAUGGAAUUAUUCAGGAUUAUAGGAUCUGGUGCUUGGGGAAUGAAACGCGAUUUCAUAUUAACAAAACUGUGGAUGGGACAAUCCAUUCAACUGUUAUAAGGGGUCUUGUUCCAGGAGUUCCUUACCAUGUUGAGGUUGCUGCUUCAACAAGCGCAGGCUUUGGAGUUAAAAGUCAGCCAAUAACCAUUCAGAUAAAGCCAUCUUCAGAACAAGUGCCCAUUAGAAAUGGUGAAAAUGUCAGCUUGACAGAACAAAUCACAGAUGUUGUCAAGCAACCAGCAUUCAUAGCUGGCAUUGGUGGAGCAUGCUGGGUAAUCCUAAUGUGCUUUAGUGUCUGGAUCUAUUGUCGGCGUAAGAAGAGAAAAGAGCUAAGCCAUUAUACAGCUUCAUUUGCCUACACUCCAGCAGUGUCUUUUCCACAUACAGAGGGAUCAAGUCAUAUCACUGGAAGACCAGGAAUGCUCGCCACAAGUGCAUCUAACUACCCAUGGCUUGCAGAUUCCUGGCCAGCAACCAACUUACUUCGUAAUGGAAAACCAAAAGACACAUCAGCUAACUGUUGCACUGUGAAUCACAAUCCUUCAGAAAGAUAUUAUAAUGAUGCUGGGAUUUCAAACUACAUUGCUCAGACUGAAAAAUUUGGAACAGGUGUUUCAGAUGGUCCUAUUUACAGUACGAUUGAUCCAACCACUGAUGAUAUGAGGACAUUUAAUGGUGCCUUCUCUCAGCAUACUACACCUUAUGCCACUACACCUGUUGUACCAUAUGGUGGACAAACUCUUCACUCCCCUGAGCUAGAAGAAAACCCAUGGAAUGUCCAGGCUGGGACAUCAGGAAUCCAUUAUGCACAGCCAGACAGAAAUAAAACAGAGAAUGCUCCUAAAAUAGGAAAACAGAAGUCCAUGGGGAAACCAUUAAAAACACCAUCUUUAAAUUGGACAGAAAUUCUUCCACCACCACCACCUGCCAAUGAACUGGGGCAGUACCAGGAUGAAGAUACAGACAUAGAAAUGAACUCUGACACAGAUGAAUGGUGCCCUCCUUUACCUGAAAGAACAUAUCUUAUGGAAAACAUCCAUGAAGAUUGUCCUCUUCCUCCACCUCGUGGUGAAGCAUCAUCACCGGCUCAUUCUUACGGUCAACAAUCUACAGCCACUCUCACGCCAUCACCCCGGGAUGAGAUGCAUGCUUCAGAAGACAUUCCCAGACUCCAUCAGUUUGAACUUCCUCCUCAUCCUAGACGGUUGCCAGCUGGGUCAGUACCAAUUCCAAGGGCACCAAGUCCCCCUUUGACACAGUCUAAUCCAAGUCUUCAUACUAUGGUUGAAAGUAUAGAUGUUCAACGGCCUGGACACCGACGUAACUUGAGUCAGAACCCUACCCUUAGUGCAGAGAAUAUCAGUUCAUCAACAGCAGGAAAAUCUCAAAAUAUUUCUGAAAAUAUCUGCACACCUCCAGGUCAGAAAUCAAGAGGAAAGAAAAAAUCGAAGUCGGGUCACUACCGUAGAGAAGCAAAACAAGGAGAUCUUCCUCCACCUCCUGAACCUCCUCCAGAGGAUGAAGAAUCCUGCUCUCCCCAUACCAAUGGGCCAAGAAUUGAAUGCUCUGCAUCAUCUUUAGAAAGAGAUACAAAUAUUAACUUAUCAGGGGAAAGAAGAAAUGGGGCUGUACAGAGCCACAGGGGCACAUCAAGUCAUCCUUUACAGCACAGAGAAGAUGAAGAGAUCAUUCCGUAUAGUAAACCUAAUUUCCUGUCAAGAAGUCAACUGUCUAGUAAUUGUUCUACAACAGGAAGCAGCUCGUCUAGAGGAUCAGCUGGAUCUAGAGGUCUUCCUUCCGGAAGAAGCAAAACAGGAGACCGCAAAGAGGAAAAGAGAUGAAGAAACUGUAACAAGAUAAACAAUUAUGUUGAUUAAACUCUUCUGCCAAGAUAUUGUUCAAGAAGAUAGUUCAUCAAAAAGACACUUUAAAACUGUACAAGUAUUUUGCAUUUAUUACUUAUUUAUGACUUAUCCUGGACUUUGACGUUCCCCAUUUUUUUACAUGUAAAUAUGCCGAUUUCUUGGAAUCAGGUGUUUCUGAAAUCCAGGAAAUGUACUAUAUUUAUAAACGAUAAUUAAAAAAAACAAGUUGUAUAUUAAGUUGUUGCUGUUUUGAAUGUGCCAAGAUUUUAUAGCAAGUAUAUUGAUUGCACUCUUGCAUAUAAAGAAAGUUAUUGGAAAAAAAGCACAAGGCUGUGUUGCAUGCUGUCCCUUCACAGACUGAAAAACCAAGAAAGCCAACAUCUUGAAGUGGAGUACCUGGAGUUUUUGGGGGCUUUUGUAACUUCCUAAUUUCAAAGACAAAAAAUAGUCAUCACACCAUGAAGAACAUUUCGCUGAACUUGUAUGGCUGAACCAUUUUCUCCUUGGGACGUUGCAACCAAAAUGAUGGAUUACAGACACCAUGUCUUUUGUAAAGUAAAACUUCUGCAUUGCCAUGGUCCAAAAUUAAUUUUGCGGAUUUAGACUUCCUCUUCAUUCAUAGGUUAAUAAUUAAGAUUUUCAAAAUCAGGGACCCUACAACAGAUAUUGCCCGGUUAAACCCUUCAACCGACCAUGGCUGGAAAAAAAGCUCUUAUUUUCAAGUAUGUGAUGAGUAAUGUAAGACCUUGAUUGAUGCUGGCAUAUGACGGACAGCUAUGUCUUCAAAAACAUUACGCUACCAUAAGUUGCAAUCUACUAAUUUUAAGGUAAAAUUUGUCGGUUGCCCUUAUGAUAGAUAGGAAAUUAAUUUUGUAUGCUACAAAUAAAGAUUUUUGCUAAACAUUCAAAA